AUGGUGGAACAUCUUCCCAGGACAGGUUCUGAUCACAGACCUUUGGUUUUUAAAUGCAACAGUGACCAACACAACAAUAUCAAGUACUUUAAGUUCCUGAACUGUUGGGCUGGUCAAGAUGAUUUCAUGGAAGUUGUUAAGGAAUCCUGGAAUAUUACAGUUAAGGGCAAUGCUAUGUGGAGACUACAGUGUAAACUCAAGAAUCUGAGCAGACAACUCAGCUGCUGGUCAAGAAAUAGUAUCGGGGACAUUCAUGAAAAUGUUAGCACUUGGGAGGCUAAAAUGGAACUUUUGGAAAACUGUGACAUCUUGCAAAAUACUGAUCAUAGUAGGGAGAAGUUAAAUAAAGGAUAUGCUGAGUACAUAAGGUGGUUGAACCUGCAGGAUAAUCUCUUAAAACAGAAAACUCGACUCACAUGGUUCAAAGAUGGUGAUAAAAACACCAAGUACUUCCACAGUGUGCUAAGGAACAAAAGAAGAAGGCUUCAGAUUCAGAGGAUCAAAAAUCACAAGGGCAGAUGGAUACAAGGGGAAGAAAAGAUUGCUAAAGCUGCUAUCAGACAUUUUAAGAAGCAAUAA